UGCAGCCAGCGCCUGGAAGGAGCGCGGAAGCGAGUGGGCGGCGAGAGGCGGAGCAAGGGAUACGGGGGGGCGUGGACGCGCCCGGCUUUGGAAAGGCCCCAAGUUAAUGAGGCGUGCGCCGGCGGCAGAGCGCCUUUCCGAGCUGGGCUUUCCCCCGCGGUGCGGGCGCCAAGAGCCGCCUUUUCCGCUGGGUGUCACUCGGGGGUGGGGAGGCUGGCCCAUUCAAAAGCGCCGUGAGGGGGCCCGGCCAGUGCCCUUCGGUGAGCGCUCGCAAGAGGACGGCAGAGGCCGGGAGGUUCGCAGCUCCGGGACCUUGUGGCGCAUCAGGACGCGGCUGCUGGCUUGCCGGGACCCUGAGCCGCCGCCUCCGCCGCCGCCGCUCUGCUUCCUGCGUGUUAGCCUCCUCUGCCCCCUCCGGGCGGGCGGCCGCGGGAGCCGCUGGGGCGAGGACGGCGCGCGGCUGCUGCUGCUGCCCCCGGCUCGGGCGGCUGGAAGUGGAGAGGCCGAGCCGAGCGGCGCUCCUCCCUAUGCCGGGAGGAUGUUGGAGAGCAGUGGCUGCAAAGCGCUGAAGGAGGGUGUGUUGGAGAAGCGCAGCGACGGGUUGCUGCAGCUCUGGAAGAAAAAGUGCUGCAUCCUCACCGAGGAGGGGCUGCUGCUUAUCCCGCCCAAGCAGCUGCAACACCAGCAGCAACAGCAACAGCCUGGGCAGGGGCCGGCCGAACCGUCCCAACCGGGAGGGCCGUCCGUGGCCAGCCUCGAGCCGCCAGCCAAGCUCAAGGAAUUGCACUUUUCCAACAUGAAGACCGUGGACUGCGUGGAGCGCAAGGGCAAGUAUAUGUACUUCACUGUGGUGAUGGCCGAGGGCAAGGAGAUCGACUUUCGGUGCCCGCAGGACCAGGGCUGGAACGCCGAGAUCACGCUGCAGAUGGUGCAGUACAAGAACCGUCAGGCUAUCCUGGCGGUCAAGUCCACGCGGCAGAAGCAGCAGCACCUGGUUCAGCAGCAGCCCCCGCAGCCGCAGCUUCAACCCCAUCCCCAGCCUCAGCCCCAGUCACAGUCUCAGCCGCAGCCCCAUCCCAAGCCUCAGCCCCAGCCCCAGCCCCAGCCUCAGCCUCAGCCUCAGCCCCAGCGUCAGCCCCAGCCUCAGCCCCAGCCUCAGCAGCUCCACCCGUGCCCGCAUCCGCAUCCGCACCCACACGCGCACCCGCACCCACAACAACUACCGCACUCGCACCAACCGCCGCUCUCGCAGCCGCACGGCCACCGGCUUCUCCGCAGCACUUCCAACUCUGCCUGAAGGGGGCAGCACCCGGGCCAGACAAGGUUUUGAGGACUUGAGGAAGUGGGACGAGCACCUUUCUAUUGUCUUCACUUGAAUCGAAAACAAAAGUCUCCCCGCCCCGCGCCAGAUCAAGUAGUUUGGACAUCACCCUGCUGAUAACUUGAGAUUUCUCUCCUCUUAGUUUUCUGCAUACUCUUCAUCACGAUGCAGGAAACGGCUUCAGUCCAGAAGGCUUUAUUUAUGAACCUUUGAAAGGAUCUUCCAGUAUGGUGGACCUUCUAGGAGCAAUGAUGUACUGUAAUUUUAUUUUAAUGUAUUUUGAUUUAUGAUUAUUUAUUAGUUUUUUUUAAAUGCUUGUUUUAAGACAUUUCUGAAUGUAGGCCAUUUUCCAAAAAAGAAAGUUUAUUUUUAAAAACUUAUUCCCUAGUAAAUUCUAAUCUUGGAAAAGAAAAAAAUGUAGAAGGGCGGUGGAGGGGAAAACAUUAAGAAUUCAUUCAUUAUUCCUAGGGCAUUUGCAGAAGGUCUGACACUUUCAUUGUUAUGCCAGGUGGUUCAAAUUAAACUCUGUGAUAUUACUUUUUUUUUUUUUGAGAUUUUUUUUUCCUUAGGCAUAUAUUUUCUGUAGAAUAGAAGUUUAAAAAAACUAAAUGUUCAGGGUUAUACAACUACGAAAAUCUAAUUGCUUUUCUAAAAGGAAGUACAUAGUAAUGACAUCUAAUCCCAAAUAUUUAAUACGUAACCCAACUGAUGGCAAGAUGAGCAUAUCAUGAAUGUAUGGUAGGGCUGGUGUAAUGCGGGAAAAGCCUUGCUUAUAUCAUCUGUUUGAAGGGACUAAUAAGGAGAUGUCUGUGAUUUCUGAAUAUGAAUGCAUUAGGCUUUUCAAAAAACACAGUGGGGGAAAAAGAGAACCAUUCAGCUUGUUUGAGAACAUUUGUGCUCUUAUCCACACUAGAGAUUACCCUUCUCCAAGAGCUUUGCACAGUCUACUUGAACCACAUUUUCUGACCCUUUUACUGCAUUCUAGAAAUAUACUCUAGAAUCUCAUACUUUAAUAUAUAGUGUGUAAAUAUUUCGGAGGACUAGGAGUCAUAGUUUUUUUUUUGUAUUCAUACUGAAAAUAUUGUUGAUUAGAGAAACCAACUGUUUUGCUUUUUAUUACUCUUUGAGAAAUUUGAGGGUUCUAUGUUUUGUAGUUAGGUUAACUAAACUCAAAUUGAAAAAGGAAGGGCUGGAUAAACACUGGAUUUUCAGUGAGAAAACAACCCAGUCUUGUUUUAGCAGUUUAGGAGUCUGAGGAGUGGGGUGGAGGGGGAAGGAUGUGCUUUUAAAGGUGGAACAAACCCUCUUCUGUGUCAAAUCAAAAGGAUGGUCAAAAUCCACAAGGGCAGAUGCUACUUAAGCUUAAAAAGAGCCAUAGUUGAUACCAAAUCCUCUUGGGGCUGAAAAUCACUUCCUAUCUGCAUGGCUUUCCUGACGAUCUCUGUUUUCCAUUAUCUUUUCAACAAAGUCUUGAUCAGUAUUUUUCCAACAUCCAAAUUGGAAUGGUCAGUAUUAGGCUAUUGCUAAGUUAGGUAGUACAGAAACGAAAAUAGAAUUUCAUGCUAGAGAUGUCUUUAUUCUUCCACCUAAAAGAGUUUAGAUCAAAUUACUUUUUAGUGCAAUAUUUAAAUGAUGAAAUUUUGAGAUCACAACUCUAGUCUGAAAAGUUGUGGGGGAAAAAGAAAACUGAGGCAAAUGAUAAGCAAAACUUAAUAGACUCCCACUUCCAAUGGCUAAGCCACAGUUAUGAAAAUAUGCUACAGUUAUGAAAAUAUGCUACAAAUGUUAGAAACACACACACACACACACACAUAUGGAUAUAUAUGAUGGGCAGUUCCUACAGCAAACCUGAAGAGUUCUUAAGUCAAGUGUGGUUUGGCUUCUCUGGAACCACAGCUGUGCUUCUUAGAUAAUGCUCAUUGUACUGUUGUUUUAAUAUAUGCAGAUCAUAUAACUUCCAAUUAAACCAUAGUUUUUUCUUCCAUGUUUUUACGCUAUUAAAAAAAAAAGUAAAAUCCAUACCAAAUAUUUUAAAAAUUAAGAUUCAUGUGGGCUUUUAAAAGGCAUUUGUAUGUUGUUAGCUGACAUAGGCUAGGUAGUGUUGUUGAAAAAAAUAUGCCCAGGUUCCCUCGUGGCUACUGGAAUUUUUUUUCUGUGCCCUCUUGCCCCCCAUGACUGUGGUGGUUAUUGGGACCACCAGAAUCAUGGUUCCUCAUCUUUUCUUUCCACAGCCCAUAUUCCUUGGUUGGCUGUGAUUUGUGAUUGAUUUGACCCUCUUAGUGGCUCUCUAGUCUGAACUCCUCUUAGCAUUUAUUUACCUGUGAAACCUCGGAAAUUAGAAAGGAGAGGAAUAGGAUGUUUUUUGUUGUUUCACACUUUGAAAUGAUUAUGGCCGAAUCUUUUUUUUUUUCCCAGAACAACAACAAAAAAAGCAUGCUUACUAAAACUCAACAAAACAAAAUAUAAAUGCAAAUCACUUAAUGAUUUAAAUGAAUCAUUAUGAAUUAAAUCACUUAAUUCUACCAUUUUCUGUAAGAAAAUGAUAUAAACUACCUAAGGUAUUUUGAGGCCUAAAAAAUUACUUUCAUGGACAAAGGUAAAAACAAUUCUUUCAAUCCAAGAAAAGGAAAAAAAGGAAAGGGCAGGUCCAAUAGAAAAUGUACCCCUUAAAUAAACACAAUGCAAAGAGGUGGAAAAGGACAUGAAAAGGAAUGUUCCCAUCUGGAAACUGAACUUUUGUUCUUGAACUUGUGUUGACACCAAGCCUUGGACACAGUGAGCUCAAUCACUAUUUGUUGAAACAAAUGAAUGAAAGAAGGAAAAAAAUAUGUAGCUUCCAGUAUCCAGGAGGUGGUUUCUCUUACGUCACACAGUGCUUCCUUCACUGGCUUUCAUGUCGUUCCCAAGAACAAGUACUACGGGGCAGGCUAAGCCUCGUGACGGAGCUCCUUAGACAGACUGAGCAGAAAUGCACACAGAUCUGCGUGUGCCCUAAGGGAGGGCUGAGGUCAGAGAGUAAAUGAGUAUAAAGGGCCCUUUCAAAGUGAGCAUUUCUGUCAUAGAGGAAGCUGGGAUUCUCUCAUGUAGAAAACCAACCUGACUUUAUAAUUUCAUUUCACAUGUUUUUUCUGAUGGAGGUUAAAAACAAAAACCAAAAAGCAACUCAUUGCUUAAAGGAGCUGCCUACGGAGAGGAAGUCUGGCGGUCUCCUUUAACUCUUUCCUGCUCUCAUACAUCAAUACUCGGUUUCUCUUAGAGACCCCUCACUUAAAAUCUGAUACUACAUGAGUUUGUUGCCAGUGUGUGAGUUCAAGACAUUGCUUGUUUUCUAUCCCUAGGGAAGGGGAUGUGGUUUUUGUUGGGCUCCAGUCGUUUGCAGUGUCUUGGGUAGUGGCAGGCUGAGAAGAGGCUCUGAGACUUGAGAGAGACCAGAACAAUCCCAUGGAGCUCAGAGCUUUGUAGGAGAAAAGGGGCCUGGGAGCAUUCCUCCUUCUCUUUUGUAAAUGUCAAGCUAAUUUGCUUUUGCUUUACCAAUAAACUGCCCUCAGCUGCUGCCUAAAAUUUAAACUUGGGAAUUAAUAGAGCUUGAUAUGGAGUAUAUCAGCAAUUCUUUCAAGAGAAAUAAUACAUGUUUACCUAAAGCAACCUAAGAUGUAUUAAUUGUGGAAUUCUGUUGAAUGGGUUUUAAAGAUCUGUUUUCUAAAUUCUUGACCUAAUUCAAAGGGUGACAUUUUGAUCUGCAGUGUUGAACAGCUAAUCUAGAUUUACAGAAGAUUGGAUGACAGAGGGGUCUGUGACUUUGUUGGCAGGACAUUUGCUGAAUGGAGGAUAGAAUCCAACAGGGUUUUCCUAACAGGGCACGAUGGUCCACUGACGGUAGCAGAAGGACUCUGGAAGCAUCUGCAUAAAAGCAUAAAAGCCAGUGAUCAGUUAGGCCUUGGGGAAGGUUUAAUAAUAGGUGGUCCUUCUGGAUCACUGUAUUUAUUUUGAGAAGAAAGAUAAAACUAUCAUCCGCUACAUUGUACCAUCAGUCUUCUGCUUAGUUUUAGAAUAUGCAGAUGUUGACUUCUGAAAACCAAGCAUCACCAGGUACUAAAUGCUUUAGAAGAUGUCGUAUUUGUGAACUUAAUAGUGUGGUCAUAAUUUGUGUAAAUAUGUCUCAAAUGGUUUUGGAGAGAUGUGAUUUAUUUUUCAUAUUUUCAAAAUGCAUUCCAUUUCAAAUAAAGUAUCCAUUGUGUUGAUCAA